AAUUAAAAUUCUUUUCGCCUGCUCCACGUGGGAUUGAUGCAGAACAAUAUGUUAUUAGUUGCACGUUGAAUAUCGCGUCGCACAAGAACGAAAGAUGCAGAAGUUUAAAAGAGCCCAAGCAGAGAAUAAAAUAGCGAUUAAUAAACAUUUGCAAGCAAAUGCCUAUUUGGAAUCUUCGAGCGAGGAUGAAGACGAAAGGAACGAAGAUGAGAUGCAAAACGUUAUUGGGAAGGUACUGUCUGCGUACCAAGGGAGGGAGGCAGACGCAGAGAAGAUUUUAUCGUACUUGAUCAACAUCUUUCAAUCCAACAGUGCUGUCUGCCUAAUAUGUAUCUCAACAGUGAAGAAAGCAGACCCAAUCUGGAAUUGCAGCAAAUGUUUCGCUUUCCUCCAUCUGUCUUGCAUCUUACAUUGGAUUCAAGACAGUUUAAACGUUAAACGCGAGAAGGGCAUCACGCCAAUAUGGGCAUGUCCGAAAUGUCGCAUGGAGUAUGACCAGGACGAAGUUCCUCGUAACUACAAAUGCUUUUGUAGGAAAGUAACAGAUCCGUCGUGUCAGCCAUGGAACAUUCCACAUUCCUGUGGUGAGACGUGUAGCAAGCCGUUGCAACCAGAAUGUGGACACAAAUGCGUUUUACUGUGCCACCCUGGACCAUGCCCUCCUUGCGCACAAGUCGUGUCUAUAAAAUGCUUCUGCGGGAAACAGAUGCCUCAGCAACGACGGUGUAACGACAAGAACUGGAGUUGCGGCACUGUGUGCAAUAAAAGAUAUCAAUUAUGUCCGCACAGUUGUAAAGAAGUGUGUCACUCUGGCGAGUGUCCGCCUUGUUCGGAGGUGUUGCAGCUUAAAUGCCACUGCAAGAGUAACGAGGAACUGAAGUUGUGCUCGGAGGGUCCGUGGACUUGCGACAAGCCCUGCGGUAGACUACUUUCCUGCAACGUGCACACGUGCCAAAGUACGUGCCACUCGCUCGGUGACUGCGAGCCUUGCUUGCUAGAGAAAAACAGGACGUGUCCAUGCGGCAAGAAGCGUUACGCUGUUUCAUGCAAACAGGAGCAAUUGCCAACGUGCGGUGACACGUGCGGCAAGUUGUUAGACUGUGGCUCACAUUACUGCAAUAUGCGAUGUCACACGGAUCGUUGCGGACAUUGUUUAGAAGUGGUCACCAAAUCCUGCCGAUGCGGCAGCUACCAGAAGGAAGUAGCGUGCGGCAAGGAGUUUCAUUGCAACAAGAAAUGCAUGCAGACACGCUUAUGCGGCAGGCACUUGUGCAAUAAGAAGUGUUGCGACUGCCUGAUUAAAAACACGUACAACGUGUGCGAGAAGGUAUGCGAUAACACCCUGAACUGCCGGAAACACAAGUGUUCCGCUCCGUGUCACAGCGGUCCGUGUUAUCCGUGCGCGCGGACCGAAGUCAUUCAUUGUAGAUGCGGGUAUAAGAAGAUCACGGUGCCGUGUGGUACGAUGAAGAAGAUUAAACCUCCACCUUGUAACAAACCGUGUAAAAUACCGCCGAUCUGUCACCACCCAAAAAGGGAGACACACAAAUGUCAUCAAGGCCCUUGUCCACCUUGUAGAAAGAUCUGCGGUCUGGUGUAUAAACGUUGCGGCCACUCUUGCGUCGCCGUUUGCCACACGAAGGUCUGGGUGAAGGUAAAUAAAAACGAGAUGAAGACGCAGCCAGCCGGACCGUGGGACAUACAAAAGGAAACCAUGCAACUGAAAACGUUGCCAUGCCCUCCGUGCGAGGUUUCCGUGCCAGUCACGUGUUUGGGCGGACACGAGACGAACCCAUGGCCGUGUCAUAUGGCCAGGCCUACCCCCUGCUGGAGAUUCUGCGGGAGAACGUUACCGUGCACGAACCACACCUGCGAAUUGAUCUGUCACAAAGUGCCGUCUUCCGUGGAUCAUAAGAACACCGUCCCUUGCAUGGACUGCGAGAAGCCGUGUCUUUUUCCACGACCACAAGGUUGCACGCACUCGUGCCCGAAACCUUGCCAUCCCGCGCCAUGUAGCCCUUGCAAGCAGCUAGUCAAGAUCUCGUGCCACUGCGGCAUAAGUACAUUGUACCGCAGGUGUUCCGAGCUGACGUCGGCCAAACCCGAACAGCGGGAUGAAUUGCUUAAAUGCGGCAAUCAAUGUCCGAAAAAUUACGCUUGCGGACAUCGCUGCGUCAACAACUGCCAUCCGGGCCCGUGUAAAAACGAAAGAGAGUGUAACAAGAAGGUGAAGCUGUUUUGCACGUGCAAACGCAUUAAAAAGGAUUUCGUUUGUUCGACAGUGCAGAAAGAGGAGAUCCGCAUCAGCUGCGACGAUGUUUGUAAGAAGUUAAAGGAGGAAAAACGAUUGGCCGAGGCCGCGUUGUUGGAGCAGAAACGCCAAGCCGAAGAAAUACGUAAUCAGCAGGAGAUCGAGAAGUUCGAACGAAAGUUCAAACCCCGACGCAAAGGGAAGGACAGGCUUGACAAGAGACAAAUACAGAAAGAGAGUUGUGGUAAUUACAAAAAGUACAGCAUUCUGGCUGUUUUAGUAUGUCUAAUAGGCGUCGUAAUGUUUUAUAUAAACGUCCAGACAUCUUCAACGAAAUAAACUAUUGUGUGUAUAAUGUAGAAAGGCAGCCUGAAAACAUGUUUUAAUUUCUAUUUUAUAAGAUGUGAAUUGUUAGUUGUGUAAGAUAAUUUUCUAUGCUAAAUAAAAUUCAUAUCAACUUCGUUUAUUUUUAA